AGAAAUAAGUAUCUGAUUUUGGCAGAUGGUAAUCAAUAGGGUAAUCAAUGAAUAUAAACAUGGCGAACUGUUGUGAUUCAGACGAAAUUGAUUUCAAAAAAGAAGCAGAAUCUAUCAUUUCCGAUAUUAGAUUUGCUGUUCGUAGUAUAGACAUAUCCAAAAAAUUAAUCAGCACAAAGCAGUGCGUAUUUAUAAAUAUAGUUACUCGGGAAGAUUCGGUGUUCUGCGUACAGCUAAGUACAAACGGUUUAAAAGUUGUUGGACGUGAAGUGGACAAGGAUACGGAACAUUCGGGUCGAAGCUACGAGUCAAUUUAUGCCCUUCUGGAUUCGUUGAGUCCCGCUUAUGUUGAGGCGUUUGGAGCAGAAAUUGCGCGUAAACUUUCCGAAUUGCAGUAAAACUUAAACAAUUUUCAACUGUAUGGAUUAGUUGCAAUUUUUUAAUCGUAAUUAGAACGAUAAUUGUGACAUUAUCGCCAAAGUACUUUGUAUUGCGACAUCGCAAUAGUAUUGAUAUUUUACCAAAUAAAAUAAUGCACUAAGUGCAACUUAAAUACAUAUGUAAUGUAUAAAUGACUUGCCUUGUUUAUGUUUUGCUUAUUGCUGGCAGAUUUUGUAGAGUGCUUUUGGACUACACUAUCAACAAUGCUUUGCCUUAGUUAGUAUUACUCUGCCUGUCAGCAAAAUGUAAACAAGGCAAGACAUCUAUUAAUGUUUUCCCUGCCACCUGCAUGUCUUUGGUCGGGAAAAGUUUGAUAUGUGAAUGCUUUUAUUGACUAGAUUACUUUUGACAACAUAUCAUGCUAUAGCUUAAAGACAAAAAAGACCUUGACUAUACACUUACCUGUUUUUAAAGUGUCAAAGUACAUUAGAAUGUUAAAUGGUUAUGUUGUGUAUGUUAAAACACACAUAUUUCAGUCAAUUAGAAAAAAUAACUGUGAGAGAAAAAUUUGCAUAAGAUGUGCAAAGCAAAAAGUUUUAAUUGGAAAUAAAAUAUAUUGAAAAUGCGCAA